AUGCAGAUCCCCUCGACACUGAUCAUUCAGAGAGUCAGGCCACGAUACUGGCUUGCGGCGAUGGAAAUCGGAUGGGGAGUCUUCACGAUAGCACAAGCCGGUAUGCAUAAUGUUGGAGAAUUAUAUGCGUUUCGAUUCCUCGUCGGCUUGUUCGAAAGUUCAUUCUUUCCUUGCAUGCUGUUCGUGCUGGGGUCAUGGUAUACCAAGACCGAACUGGCAAAACGUAUUGCCAUCCUCCACAUGACUGCUCCACUGGGCUCUGCUUUCAGUGGAUAUUUGGAUGGCGAUGGCUCUACAUUGUCUGCGGAGUUCGAAUCCCUCACCAAGGCGUUUAAUACCUUCCUAAUCAUCUGGUCGCAGUGCAUGACUAUCCCCGUCGGUGCACUCGCACUCUUCUGUUUCCCGGAUGUUCCCCAUAACACCAAGGCAUGGUUCCUCACCAGCGAAGAGGUUCAAAUGUGCCUUGACCGGGUUGAGAGAUCUGGAAAGGCCCCUCCAACCAAGUUAACGUUGGCCACCUUACUCCGUGUGGCAAAGAAAUGGCGGUGGUACGCGUUUACAUUGGGCUACGUGUUAUAUGGCUCGUCCUGCGCAGCAAGCAGUUACUUUGCCAUUUGGCUGAAGUCCGAAAAUUUCUCGGUCUCAGAUCGAAAUAUUAUUCCUACAGGAACGAGCCUUAUUUCUGCUUUCUGUGUUGUUCUGUGGGGAUUCCUAGCAGAUUUCACUGGAAACAGGUUUGCGCUGGUGAUUUUGCCGUUGACUUACGGUCUUAUUCCAAACGGUAUACUGGCAGCAUGGCCCGCUAGCGUCAAGUUGAAAGAGUUUGCCUUCUUAACAGAUGGAGUCCAGCUGAUGACUGCUAUAUUCUACACAUGGGCGAAUGAGGUUUGCGCCGACGACAACGAAGAACGGGCUUUGGUGGUCAGCAGUAUGAAUGGAUUCCAGUAUGCGGUCGCUGCAUGGCUUCCCAUUCUCAUUUUCCCGCAGACCGAAGCACCGUCAUUCCGCAAGGGCUUUCCCACAACGUUUGCGUUUGUUAUCGCUGCGCUUAUAUUGGUCGUAGUAAUACAGAUUCUGGCGGUCCGGGAAAGACGAUUGAAUGCUUCAAAACAGAGAGAAGAUGGUUCGGUCAGAGAAGGUGAGGUUAGUCUACAGCAAGAAGGAUCCGAGGACGAAGAGAAUAAUAAGGCCGCAAGAACGACAGUGUCUGUCCCAAAGGCUAUUUGA